UAACAUGUUUAAAUCACUUUUGAUCAUUUCUUUUUUCUUCCUACCAUAAUAUUUUAUUUUAGGAUUUUAUAAAUAAUAUANGCAAUUAAGCAUUAUGGAGUAAUCUAAAAGAAUUCAAUAUAAUUUAAUAUAAGAAAAUUGUAAAUUAUGUUCAAGAAAAAUAUGUUAUAUUAUAAAAUUUAAUUAGAUAUUAAAUAUUUAAUAAGAAAAAAAUUGUUUAGAAUAGAAUCUUGGAAAUUAUUCAUUUGAAUAUUAUUGUACGGAUAAAACUUAUUAGAAUAAAUUUUAUUUUUGUUUUAUAUAAACCACAUAUUUAAUUUAGAUAAAUUUGGAAAGAAGAAAUAGUGAAUUUCGAAAUAUUAAAAAAAAGAAUUUGAAAGAGAUGUUUUAAAUUAAUUUGAUUGAUAGUUAUUAAUAAUUAUAUAAUUAAAGGAAUAUAAUGUGAAAAUAAUAAAAAUUGCAAGU